AAUUUUCACACUUCGGUAGCAUCUAUAAUGCCACCAAAUACCUCUCAAACCCCUUUCUCUGAGCCAGUUCAACCGCUUAAGGUUACUUCUCCUAAUGUCAAAUAUACCGAUACUCAUAUUAUUGCAGACUUUGUUUAUCAGAACACCACUGUUUCUAAAAACAACAUCGAUGGUACCUUAGAAAUUAUUCCCACUGAUACCAAAUAUCAAUUCAAAACCGAAUUGAAUGUUCCGAAAGUCGGAUUGAUGAUGGUUGGAUGGGGAGGUAAUAAUGGCUCAACCCUUACCGCCAGUAUCAUUGCCAAUCGCCGCAAUAUUACGUGGCGCACAAAAGAUGGCGUCAAAUCUCCAAACUAUUUUGGGUCCGUCGUUCAAGCUUCCACUCUCAAAUUAGGCGUAGAUGCAAAUGGAAAUGAUUAUUACAUCCCUUUUAACCAUAUCUUGCCCAUGGUUCACCCUAAUGACUUGGUUCUUGGUGGUUGGGAUAUUAGCUCUUUUAACCUCGCGCAGGCUAUGGAACGUGCCCAAGUUCUUGAUUAUGAUCUUCAACGUCAGGUAUCCCCUGAACUCGAACUAUUAAAACCGUUACCUUCUAUAUAUUAUCCUGACUUUAUUGCCGCUAAUCAAA